GUUGGGAUCUUCCUUUUUGGCCCCCCUUUCUUUACAUUUUCAGUGGAUUGACUGUUCAUUUGGAUGAGCGAGCAUCCAAUGGAGAAGGAGAACACCUUCGAUCCAGAUUUGGUCCACGAAAUUUUCAAGUUUGUUUGGAAAAGAAAAGCUGCAGAGCGUCGGAAAAAUGAAUUAUCUGAGAAUAUAGACAACGAGGUUGGGGCUAGCUCAUCAAAGAGAACUCGCCCUACUUUUGAAAUUCCACGGGAACAUCCCCUUCAAGGUAGCCAUAAUGGAAUUACAGAGAAGCCAAUUACAUAUCUUAAGAAAGGGGUAAGACAUGAUAAAUAUAGGCCAGGUGCUUAAUGGAUGUGCAAUGGCAAAAAGAGAGCAUGGAAUAAACUUAAACAAGCUUAAUUCUGACUGUACAAUCCAGGUCAACACUGAGGAUAAUUUUUCAGACCAAAUGUACUCUCUUAGUUCUUUUACCCUAACAAAGGGGAAUAGAAAAAAGACAGAAAGUUAGCGUUAUUGCUUUCUGUGAAGGUUUUGUUUGCUUUAUUUUAUGUAUCACACAGACGUUCUCAGUCUAAAAUUCGAUUUCUCUUACUUGUAACCUGGUGUAGAUGAAUUUAAACAUUAGUGAGAAGAAUUAGUACAUUGUUCUAGGAUUCAGUUAGGAUAUUCCCCAAAU